AUGGACGUAUGUGGUCUUCAGCGAUUUGGGGGAGCUCCCUGGAAGUUCACAGCAGAGAAAAGUGACGUGGAGGCUGUGGAAGCUCUCAUGUUUAUGAGCAGCCGGUGGAAGCCUGAGCCCAGAAGCUACAUUGAUCUAAGGCCAAUCACCCCAGCGUCUGAUCUCUCCGAGAACGAAGACAGCAUGAUCACAGCUGACUUCAACACCAUGCCGGCUUUUUGCCUGACCCCACCAUACAGCCCAUCCGAAUUUGAAAUGCUACAUUCCCCAAGCAUCAAUCCAGCAUCUCCAUGUAUGGAGAAGAGCAGGCCUGUCACCAGCACAACCCCAACUACUUCAGCUCACAAUGCACUGAGCCAUCCAAAAGCCCAGGCAACGAGCGUUAUCCGCCAUACUGCGGACGCAGAGUUCUGCAGUCAACAUUUGUUUACACCAAGGAAUUGUGAUGGUCAUGAAACAAACAUUAGCACUCGGCAGCAAAGUUCUGUCGUGCAGUCUGGUGACACUACAGCGUCUCUUUCUGAGCAAUUCAAGACAGAAAUGCAGGUUCUGCCUGCCUUCUUGCCUGCAAAUAGUACUUAUGGUAGUGUUCCUCUUCAGGCCUGUAAUGGCAAGCCCAGUUCCAGUGAUGCCUGUGUUAUUCCAGUGCAGAUUCCAUCACCCCCAGUGUUGGUGUCCACACCUGUAACACCAAAUGCAUUGCCGCAGGUGCCAGUCCUUUGUCAAAUGGUCCCCUUUUCUUCAAGCAAUUCAGUGCUGACAACAGUGGUGGCAAGCACUUCCGCCCAGACCCCAGCAGUCAUGCAGCCUGUCUUCUACAUGGGAGCGCAGGUGCCUAAAGGAACUGUGAUGUUCGUGAUGCCCCAGCCAGUAGUGCACAAUACAAAGACUAUGUUGACCAGUGGCACCAGAUUGUCACCAAUAGCACCAGCACCAGGAAUUUCUGCUUCGGAGGCCAAGUUUCCAUCACCUAUGGAUGCAUCACGCAUAAGAAGCCACGUUUGCAACCAGCCUGGGUGUGGAAAGACGUACUUUAAGAGCUCUCACCUGAAAGCCCACAUGCGAACACACACUGGAGAGAAACCCUUCAAUUGUAGUUGGGAAGGCUGUGAAAGAAAGUUUGCUCGCUCUGAUGAACUAUCCCGACACCGUCGCACACAUACAGGAGAAAAGAAGUUUGCAUGUCCAAAAUGCGACCGGCGCUUUAUGCGCAGUGACCACCUGACCAAGCAUGCCAGGCGUCACCUGUCUAACAAAAAGCUACCUACCUGGCAGAUGGAAGUCAGCCGGUUAAGCGACGUUGCUCUGCCACAAUCCUCAGCUCCUGUCCAGUGA